CGGCGGCCGAGCGCGGGCUAGGGGGGUGCGCGCGCCCCUCGGGCCCGCUGUGGGGUGGGGUGGCCCACGUGAGCCGGAGCUCCCGCCCCAGCCCGGGCUUCCGUGGGGCGCUGCCCGCGAGCUGGGGCGAGGCGGCCGUCUGUCUCCUCCGACGCACGGCCCCCACGAGAGGGGAGACCCGGAUGAGCCGGGUCUAGACCAAAGGUGUCCCCGGCCGCGCGGGCGGGGGGCUGAGGGCUGAGCCCGAGGUGAGCCUGCGCGUCUGCACCGCCCCUCCAGGACGGCCCGCGGGCAGGGGCUCGUGGGUCGGGCCUGCGCGGGGCCAGAGUCCGCUGGGCGCCGGAGGCUAGGCGGAUGGAGCGCGGCCUGCACCCAGAGGUUGACUUUGCCCUGUGUGCCGAGUGGACGCGGCCCGCGGCACUCGGGCUGCAGAGUGUCCGCCUGACGCUCCGAGGUGGUCCGCUCUGGGAUCCGCAGCCACUCAGGACCUGCCCCUGCCCCACCAGAGGCCAGGAGUCGUGAUUCUGAGGGCGGGGUGGUGCAUGGUGUCCUCUGACAGUCCCGCCUGAUGUGGGGGCCCCUUGAGGAUUCUGUGGGGGCUUUGCAAGAAGGGAAGUUGUGGGAGUGCGAUGGGGGAUUAGCCGAUCUGUCACCCUGGCCGCGGAGACGGAAGUGGUCAGGAGGAAACAGGCUCCUGCUAGGUGUGCCUUUGGAGCUAGUGUCACCAGGGGGCGGUGACAAAGUGCUCAGGGCAAGCCUCUUGCACUUGAAGGGUGGCUCCUCAUUUCCCAGUCUGAACUAUCCCCUGGAGAAGCCUCAGGAUGGCCACGGGUGGCGCCAGAGGAAGCCGUGGUUCCAGCCUGGGCUCCUAGUCCCGGGGUUGGUCUGGCCCUUGGGCGCAGAAGCGCUGUGCAGCUGGAAUGUCUGGGAGCUGCCAGUGCAGCCCCUUAAUGGGCAGGGGGAGGAAGCGGGCAAGGGGUGCCCUACGGUGACUGCUGCCCCCCAGUUUCCCAGGCCGUUCGAGGCUGCCUUUCGCCAAGGGGGCACCUUGUGUCCUGGGUUCACAACCCCACUGUGAGCAGUGACUAGGAGCCUGGUGCAGCACUACAGGGUUUAACAGAACCUAAGUCUGUGACACCUGCUGGUUCCGAAGAGUUUUAGGUUUCGCCCAAGAUCAGACAGUGGGGUCAGAUGAGUUCUUGAGAAAAGCACUCCCUGAAGGCAUUGCCCAAGCACAGAGCACAUAGUGGACAGGAGUGCCCCUCGUGGUGCCCGGCGAGGCAGAGGCACCAUGGAGCCUGGUCCCUGUGGACGGGAGGGAGCCAGGACUUGUGGGCGGUGCCCUUCUCCCUGUCCCCAGGGGUCUGCCCUGGAAUCGUCCCUGCUCACUCACACUUUGUCCCCUGGUGCAGGUGCCCUGAGGACCUCCCCUGCCCUGUCUUCAAGCAUUCACCCCCCAUUCCCUGCACCCCCAGAACUGGCUCCAUGUGGACUCCAGGAGUGUGUGCAGGGGCCCAUGCCCACUCAGCUUCCCUUCCCACGUCACACAGCCGCAUCGGUGUGGUCUGUCCACUUUGCCAUUGUUUCUUGUGCCCUUCUAGAGGGUCAGCCCCAUGAGGACAGGGUCCUGGGAUGCCUUUGCACUGGACAUGCUGGUGAACAAUCGAGCACCUGUGGUGGUACCUGCCCUCCUCAGGCUGUCUCUUCGGUGUAGUCCAGGUGGAGGCAGGGCUGCAGGAAGCAGGCCCAGGGAGGCUGGCCCAGGCCGGGACGCAGGGCGUCCUGCAGGAGGCUUCCAAGUGGAGAUCUCGAGCCUGUUUCAGCCGCUUCAGGGCUGCAGCCUCCCAGACCCCCAUUCCCUCUCGGUCCUGAGGAAGCUGCCCAGUACCUCUGUCCCCCACCCCAGGGCUGAGUCCUGGUGGACCAGCUCCCCCCUCUUUCCUCCGGCCUCAUUUUACUCAGUCUCUGGGCAAACUUCCUUAGACCUGACUGGGUGUCAGACGUGAGGGGGGCCAUGGUGCUGCCCGCCCCGUUGCAGCCCUGCCCAGGACAACACGGGCUUCCCUGAGCAUGGGCCAUCCCUGCCCAUCUACCCAGGUGGGGUUAGGAGGCACAGGUCCUGUGGGCAAUGACAAUCAGUCCAGUCCUGCCUCCAGGUGCCUCUCUCACAGGCCUAGACACCCCUCCACGUUACCUGGGCAGCCAGGAGCAACCCUUCCAGGUUUCUGAACCUCACGUGAAACUGAGGCUGUGCCAGCUGCGGCGAUGUUGGUAGAGGCCGACCUAGGAGAAAAGCUGGCAUGUGACAGAUUGAUCACAGGGAGGAGGUGGGGGACCUGUGGACACAAUUCCCUUUCCAGACUUGAGGAAGGGUGCAUCAGCCAACCCGUCCUUGCUGAACGGCCCUUCUUCCUGCUGCCAGGCUGGGGAGUGGCUGUGUCCCCCGCAACUCUGAGCACCAGUGGCCUUGGGGGAUGUACUGGAGCCUAGCCGAGGGGGCGGGGCAAGCAGUUAUUCUCAGAUGCACAGGAGGUAGAGUUUCAGAUUUGUUUAUCCUUCUAAGAGGCACCUUGGGGACAGGGUGGCAUGCCCAGCUCGGCCUGGCCAAGACACACCUCAGAUUUCGCUGUUUAAGGUGGUUGGCUCUGUAGCCCCAGGCAGGCCAGGGGCCUGGAGCUUUUCCUAGGCUUUGGUGGGUGGGUGCACAGCGGCCCGCAGCAAGCCCGGGCCGGCACUAGGCCAGCCGUGCAGGGAGCACAGCUCACGCCCGCCCCGCCAGCCUGUUCUCUUCAGCAGGGUCAGUGCUAUUAAUAAUCAGGCCGGCACGCGGCCCCCACCCGGGUGAUCCUCUUAUGCCUGUGACCUCGGUCGCUGUGGCCGGUGCUGAGUGCUGUUCCUUCAGCACAGGGGCUCCCAGGGGCCCCCAGCGUGCGGCCCCCGCCAGCCAGUGGUCGGACUCCACCUGGCUCUGCACCUCCUGUGCCACCCACCCACGGAGGGGCAGUUCAGGGGGCUCCUGAGCUGUCCUGGGGGGCUGCUGUGGGCCUAAGGCAGUGCAGUGGUACCUGUGCACGGACCUCAGAUCACCCCGUGUCCUUGCCAUGAGCAGCCCCCCGGCUUACCCUGGCAUCAGGAUCUCGGGGUGCCGGGCCCUUGGAGCAGAAGGCAGGUGAGUGGCCGACCUGUUGUCCGCAGCUGUAGUGAGACCUGCCCCGCUGCAUCUCAGCAGCUUCUGGCCCCGUGUGGUCCUGUUUGGUGGAUGCUGGGAAACAAGCAGGCUGGGCAGGUGCUGGGGGUGGCACUGGCUUGGCUGGGCUGCUGGUUACAGGCGAGUCUGUGUUUCCAUGGCCUCAGUCCUUGGGUUGAGAUGAUCUGUUGUCGCUGUGUCCACUUGUGAAUAGGAAACGAGAUCUCCUGUACGACUUUCCCAUCUCCAAGUUGGUCCUGCUGUGGCAGUGCGGUGAGGCUUGCUCUGAGGGCACAGUGAGGCUUUGUCCCCAACAAAGCCGGGGCUUGGGAGAGGGCAGUGGGCUGGGCUUAGCUACAGACCUGGCCUGGUGUGCUCAGGCCCCUGCUCGCAAGGCUGAGGUGGCCCGUUCUUGGGGAUGGUCGUCGUUACCUCAGUAGGGCAAGGAACAGUCAUCAGGAGGGCCCAAAGCUCCCCGCUGCAGAGGUCCCCAGCCUGUGGUAAGCAGGGGGACAGGAGCCCUUGGCUACCAAGCCUUGGGUCUGUGAGGCUGUCUUCACUGCUCCUUUGCCAACCGUGUCUGCUGCCUGCGUGGCAGGCAUGGGAGACAGGCCGGCCUGGACUUUGCUCUCAGCCCACCUGGCCACCUGCUCGGAGCGCCCUCUGCCCCUUCUGGGGUGUGGCACAUGGGUGGCAGCCAUCAGUGAGCCCCCUGCGACCCUGGGGGCCGUGUGCUCCCUGGUGGUGACAGUGUGUCUAGGUGAGCAGCCGGCACUGCCCCCAACCGGGGGCCAAAGACACCACUGCACACGCACACGUCCAUCUCCGGCCAGGCUGAGUGGGAGCACAGCAGCACCCCAGGGCGGCUCGUCCAAGCCCGGCCGAGUCCCCCACGUGCGCACUGUCAAGUGGCAGCACCCUGGCCUGUCCCCAGGCCCCACUGCCUGGUUACCUAGGCACCCACUGUGUUUGCACUCACCUUGCCGUAGACGCCGGCACCCUGUUCCGAGUGCACACUGCGGGAACUGGCUGCCUCUGGAGCCGCAGCACCCCGCCGGGCUAAUGACUCCCAGGGCGCCCUCCCACUCCCCACUGUCGUAGAGACCAGGAGACACACGGUGGCUGUCGUCUGUCCCGCAGGACCGUGCCGCAAGUCUCCUGUCGGACACGAUGGCUGUUUCUUUUGCUGCCUACGUUUGUGCCGAUGUCAUUGUCCCGUGUCAGACCUCAACCGACCCCUCCCCUGCCCACCCCCACCCUCCACGCAUGCACAGACAGCGCCCUCCUGGCUCCGGCAGCACCAGGGUUCUGGGAACAACCACGUUCCUGAGCGGGCGGCACCGGGCCGCCUCGGGGGCAGGAAGGCCCUGUCCUGGGGAGCUGGUGCUGCCUGAGGCCAGUUCCUGGCACCGUGGUUUUCGUGGCGACAGCAGGACAGAGAGCUUCAAAGACAGACUGCGGCCGGGCCUGGUUUUUGAUAACAUGAGCGUGUGCCUGUGAAACGGUCACACGUGGCGGGCGCCCCCGUUCCCGGUCGCUGUGCCCAGGGUGGCCCCGGCAUGGCCCGCGGAGCUCGUGUGAGGGGCGCGCAGGGCGGCGUCUCCGUUUUCUGGCGUCACAAACGGGCCGCGUCUCAGGGUUCGCUCCCCCAUCUCGUGCACCUCCGGGGCACGCCGUGUCCCAGCCCGCCGGUCUCCUGCGCGGGCAGCGGGCCGACUCCACGUACUGGCCAGAAUGCCCAGCCACACUGAGCCGCCCUGGAGCUGUCCCCAUCGGGUUUGAGCCUCAGGCCAGUGACGACGCCAUUGCUCCUUUGGGGUGUAAGCCGACAGAGCAGUCAGCACACCGCUCACAGGAGUGACGUUGGACGGGCCUUUCCCAACGGGGUUCCCGCCCUGUGGGCUUUGGGACCUCCGCCCUCCUCUCUAGCAUGUGCAGGGUGCUGGAGCGCAAGGCGCAGUGGCCUCCCGUCGGCCUCCCUGCCCCGGAUCCCCUCUUGUGGCAUCCACGUCAGCACCCUGCUCAGCCCUGUCGUUGGCCUCUCUCCCCAGGAGCUACUCCUCCUCCCUAUGGGCAGGGUGGCAAGGGUUGGAUUUUACAAAAUGAGAGGCAGCCUAGAGAGUGUCCGGGAGGAGACACAGUCCUUAGUGGAGCCUUUGCUGUCCUUGGCGUGGGAUGGCACCGCCCAUGUGUCUCCUUGUCUUCGCCACCCCCCUGAGCUUGUGGAAACAGGCCUGGGCCCCGCCGGUGGGCAGCAGCAGCAGCGCAGAGGCCCUGGACAGGCUGCUCCCACCCGUGGGGACCGGGCGUGCACCCCGGAAGCGCACCACCAGCCAGUGCAAGUCGGAGCCGCCACUGCUGCGCACCAGCAAGCGCACCAUCUACACGGCGGGGCGGCCGCCCUGGUACAACGAGCACGGCGCGCAGUCCAAGGAGGCCUUCGCCAUCGGCCUGGGGGGCGGCAGCGCGUCCGGGAAGACCACCGUGGCCAGGAUGAUCAUCGAGGCCCUGGACGUGCCCUGGGUGGUCUUACUGUCCAUGGACUCCUUCUAUAAGGUGCUGACGCAGCAGCAGCAGGAGCAGGCCGCGCUCAACAACUACAACUUCGACCACCCGGACGCCUUCGACUUCGACCUCAUCGUGGCCACCCUGCAGAAGCUGAAGCAGGGCAAGAGCGUCAAGGUGCCCGUCUACGACUUCACCACUCACAGCCGCAAGAAGGACUGGAAGACACUGUACGGUGCCAACGUCAUCAUCUUUGAGGGCAUCAUGGCCUUUGCGGACAAGACGCUGUUGGAGCUCCUGGACAUGAAGAUCUUCGUGGACACGGACUCUGACAUCCGCCUGGUGCGGCGGCUGCGGCGUGACAUCAGCGAGCGCGGCCGGGACAUCGCGGGCGUCAUCAAGCAGUACAACAAGUUCGUCAAGCCCGCCUUCGAGCAGUACAUCCAGCCCACCAUGCGCCUGGCUGACAUCGUGGUACCGCGAGGGAGCGGGAACACAGUCGCCAUUGACUUGAUCGUGCAGCACGUGCACAGCCAGCUGGAGGAGAGGAAGCUGCGCUGGGAUAUGGCGGCGCUGGCCUCGGCACACCAGUGCCACCCCCUGCCCAGGACUCUGAGUGUCCUCAAGAGCACGCCGCAGGUGCGGGGCAUGCACACGAUCAUCAGGGACAAGGAGACCAGCCGGGAUGAGUUCAUCUUCUACUCUAAGCGGCUGAUGCGGCUGCUCAUCGAGCAUGCUCUGUCGUUCCUGCCCUUCCAGGACUGCGUGGUGCAGACCCCGCAGGAGCAGGACUACGCGGGCAAGUGCUACGCGGGGAAGCAGAUCACCGGAGUGUCCAUCCUGAGGGCGGGCGAGACCAUGGAGCCCGCGCUGCGGGCGGUGUGCAAGGACGUGCGCAUCGGCACCAUCCUCAUCCAGACCAACCAGCUCACCGGGGAGCCAGAGCUCCACUACCUGCGGCUGCCCAAGGACAUUAGUGACGACCACGUGAUCCUCAUGGACUGCACCGUGUCCACGGGUGCUGCGGCCAUGAUGGCUGUGCGCGUGCUGCUGGACCACGACGUGCCCGAGGACAAGAUUUUCCUGCUGUCGCUGCUCAUGGCGGAGAUGGGUGUCCACUCGGUGGCCUACGCAUUCCCGCGCGUGAGAAUCAUCACCACGGCAGUGGACAAGCGCGUCAACGACCUGUUCCGCAUCAUCCCAGGCAUCGGAAACUUUGGCGACCGCUAUUUUGGGACCGAUGCAGUCCCAGAUGGCAGUGACGAGGAGGAAGUGGCCUCUACGACUUAGCCUGCCAGCCUCUCAGCCUCUUCGCCUUGUCCGCACCCGGCCUCCUGCCUCCUGACCCUUGCUUAGACAUUAACUUCAUUCAAAAGUAUUACCAAUGUAAUUUAUUCUACCCAUUUUGUAAAAUAAAGUUUUAGGAGAAAUGAA